AUGAGGAUCAGUCACAGAUUUCAUACGAAACCGAUACGACGUUUUCACAUCUUUCAGUUGAUUGAAGAUGAUGCAGAUGCCGUUCCUGCGAAGCCAGUAUCCCACACGGAUAUCAACUUGAAGGCUCGCACAGCUGCGUUGCUGGCAGAAGAGGCAGCUGCAGCCACAGAAGUAAAAAAUCGACGUUCGAGUUUUAGUGAAUCAGAUGGCGUUCGCGGAGGAUAUAAUCGUGAUGAUUUCCAGUCCGGUCACGGCAAAGGAGAGGCUCCAGAAAACACUGAAGUCCUGAGCAAGAAAAAGUUGAAAAGACUCAAUCGUCCAACCGUCGCUGCUCUGAAACAAAUGGUAAGCCGUCCUGAUGUGAUCGAGAUGUGGGACGUAUGUGCACGUGAUCCACUACUUUUGGCCCAUUUAAAAGCUUAUCGAAAUACAGUCCCAGUUCCACGACAUUGGUGCGCGAAACGAAAAUAUUUACAAGGCAAACGCGGGUUUGAGAAACCUCCGUUCAAGUUGCCGGAGUACAUUGCCCGUACGGGAAUUAUGGAAAUGAGACAAACAGUCCAGGACAAGGAUGCCGACAAAACAUUAAAGACGAAAAUGCGUGAAAAGAUUCGUCCGAAAGUCGGAAAAGUUGAUAUUGAUUAUCACAAGUUGCACGAUGCCUUUUUCAAGUAUCAAACCAAGCCGAAACUUUCGAUACAUGGUGACCUUUAUUACGAGGGAAAGGAGUUUGAAAUCAAACUGAAAGAAAAGAAGCCCGGCAACCUGUCCGAUGAACUUCGAGCCGCUCUGGGACUGCCAUCGGGUGCUGGUGCAGAACGUUAUCCACCACCAUGGUUAAUCGCAAUGCAGCGUUAUGGACCACCUCCAUCUUAUCCAAACCUUAAAAUACCUGGAUUGAAUGCACCCAUUCCAGAUGGCUGUGCUUUCGGCUAUCAUCCUGGUGGAUGGGGCAAACCACCCGUAGAUGAGCUCGGCCGUCCACUUUAUGGUGAUGUGUUCGGUAACGGUGGAAAUAUAGCGGGUAUUCCUCCUCCUCCACCUCCACCUGCGCCAUUAGACGAAGCGGAUGAGCAAAUCGCCAACGGGACCAUCACGUUCUGGGGAGAACUGGAAUCAGACGAGGAAUCCGAGGGUGAAGAGGAAGACCAAGAUAUGGAUACUGAUGAAGACGGCGAAGACGAAGCAGUAUCUGCUCCGCUUGCAGAAGGUGAUGCACAGAAAGUUUUGGCUACCUUACCGGGGGCUCAUCGUGGCGAUUUGGAUUUGGGUGGCUUAGUCACGCCCGCUGGCGGACUGAUUACUCCAAGUGGCAUAUCUAGUGUCGGUGCGGGUCUGGAAACACCACAGAGUACCAUCGAGUUACGCAAAAAAACAAUCGAGGAGGCCAUGGAAGACAGUACCGGGUUGGUUACACCUUCCGCUCAGCUCUAUCGUGUUCUGCCUGAACGUGAAACUGGACUUCAAGCAAACGCACUUAUGGGUAGUGCUAAGUUGUACGAUGUUACUGGUGUCACUGGAGCACCAAGGGGCAUUGAGGUAAUGUUUCACUUAAAAUAUCACUUAUAUUCUACCGUGAUGUUAUCAAAUUGGCUUGUAUCGCUUAGUGAGCAGCUAGAUUUGAGUUCUACGCACUCGUAG